AUGAUGGCUGCUCUCACUGGUGAUCGGAAGUCAGUCUUGGAGGGCACAUGGGCUCUUGGGGCCGUCGCGAUCGUCUUGGUGAUGCUCCGGAUAUUUGCAAAAGCCAGGCUUCGCCAUAUCGGACCAGAUGAUCUUACAAUGAUUGCAUCUCUGGGUUUCGCCCUCGCCGCAUCGAUACACUUCACAGUCGCAGUUCUUGACUACGGCUUCGCAUCCGGUCGUCCUGGGGUCGACGAGGCCACCGCUCUCAAGUACUAUACCAUAACGGAGGUUUGCAGCGUCGCAAGCACCUGCCUAGGCCGGGUCGCAUUCAUCCUCUACCUGUUGCCAGUUCUUUCGACGAGGAGAGUCUUCAAGAUCAGCCUAUGGGUGCUGUUCGCGGUGCAAAUAAUGGCAAAUCUUGUAAUGAUUGUCUUUAUAUUAGCUCAAUGCCGCGAUAUCCGUGGGGUUUGGGAUCCCGAAUACGCCACGCAUUGCAUGGAAGACUAUAUUCAGCUACGUUUUGGUUACUUCCUCUGCUUCCUUCCGUGCUAUAUUUUCUGGGAUCUUAAGUUAAAGCCGAUCAUCAAGUUCAGCCUCAUGAUACUCACAAGUAUGGGUCUCCUCGCAACAAUCGGUGCCAUAAUGAAGGCUGUAUACCUCAAACAGAUCUUAACCUGGGAUGGUACAGCCAAUGCAAUAGAUCUUACCUGUUGGGCUAUGAUCGAAUGCUAUCUUGUUAUUAUCGCCGCAUCCGUUCCCUGCCUUCGUUCGCUUGUUGUUUCUUCCGUGCGCCAGUUGUUCGCAAGCGACAAGUCUAGCAAUUUUCCUAUCACCUCAUCGUACAGGAAGAGAACGACAAGCCACCAACGCAUGACGAAUCGUGAGGCCUCUGGGAGUAGGCAGAAUUUCUUCUCGGGUGUACGUGGUGAGGACAUUGAGAUGGGGACUACUAGGGCUUCUGUAAAUGCCAACAGCGAGGAUGGGCGGGAGGUAGAGCGGGAUGGAAUUGCAAAGACGGUGGAUAUCAGUGUUACUUGGGAGCAAGGACAUGGCAGAGACCGUAUUCGCUAG